AAAAAAAUAGCCGCAUAAGGGAAAGCAAAGUGAAAAUAAUUACAUUUUUUAUAACAACUAAACGAAGAAGCCAUGCAACGUGGUAAAAUCUCCUUUGGGAAAAUCCAGCUGAAAGUUAACAAAGCGCCCGCCGAGCCAAACCCAAAUGAAGCCGCCAAGGAAGAUGAUGCAAAGGAAUCCCCUGAAACCAGUGGUAGUGGAGGGGGAUUCAAGAAAAUGGACAAGCAGCAGAUGAUUCGCCAGAUCGAGGAUGUGGCUGAGGAUCUGGAGAGCCAGCACCUGAAGGAGGUGAUGGGCAUCAGUGGAUUCGGACGCAAGGCGGCCAAAGUAUUUGACAUCAACGAGCAGAUUGAAAAGGCCAGGAUAACCCGACCGGGAUUAGACAAAAAGAAGGAGGAGUCUAAGGUGGAGGAAGAAGACAAGGAAGCUGGGGAGGAAGGAGACGUAAUAGGUCCCUUACCACCAGCUGCAGCGGCAGAUAAUGACAAUUCCACGAAGGAAACUUCCAAGGGCGAAGAUUCCGAUGAGGACUCCUCCGAUGAGGAUUCAGACGACGAGCAGAGCUUAGUGAAGCGCAUACCCUACACCCACGAAGUGCAGAUGCAGCACGGAUCCCGUGCUGUUCUCGCCCUGGCUGGGGAUCCUUCGGGAGCUCGUUUGGUCUCCGGAUCCAUUGACUACGACAUGUGCUUCUGGGACUUUGCGGGCAUGGACUCCGGAAUGCGCAGUUUCCGGCAGCUGCAGCCUUGCGAAAAUCAUCCCAUACGUUCGCUUCAAUACUCAGUGACCGGCGACAUGAUCCUAGUCAUCUCCGGAAACGCCCAGGCCAAGGUCCUUGACCGGGAUGGCUUCGAGAAGCUGGAGUGCUGCAAGGGCGACCAGUACAUCUCGGACAUGUCGCGUACAAAGGGACACGUGGCGCAGUUAACCUCCGGUUGCUGGCAUCCUUUCAACAGGGAGCAGUUCCUAACCGCAGCACUUGAUGGCACCCUGCGCAUCUGGCAGGGACUAAAGGCCAAGGAGCAGGUGCAGGUGAUCAAGACAAGGGCUCAAGGAGGCCUGCGCACCAAUGCCGCAUCAUGCAACUUCAACAGGGACGCCACCCUAAUUGCAGCCGGAUGUGUAGAUGGCUCCAUUCAGACCUGGGAUACCCGCAAAAUGUAUGUGAACACAACGCACUGCGUUCGAGAUGCUCAUCAAAAGGGCUCCGAGAUCACCUCCAUUGUGUUCUCAUACAUGGGCCAGCAACUGGCCACUCGAAGCAAUGACGAAACCAUGAAGCUGUGGGAUCUGCGGCAGUUUAAGCAGCCGCUCCACACCUGGACGAAUCUGUUCUCCCGCUACGACACCACAGACUGCUGUUUUAGUCCGGACGAUCGGAUCCUGGUCACCGGGGAAUCGCUGCCCAAGGGUCAGACCGAAGCCAACCUGUAUUUCUACAGCACCAAGAGCUACGAUGAAGUACAGCGAAUUCCGGUGUCCAACUCACACGUUGUGAAGACCCUGUGGCACCCGAAACUCAACCAACUGUUCGUGAGUUGCGGUAAUGGCACCAUCAAAUGCUACUAUGACGAACAGCGCAGCAUCCGGGGCGCCAAGUUGUGCGUUGUAAAGACGCAUCGCAAGAGGCAGCCCAUGGAAAUGGUGGGAGUCUCCCAAAUCAUUACACCGCAUGCUCUUCCCCUGUUCAGGCAGGAGAAGUCGCGCACCUCGCGCAAGAGGAUGGAGAAAGCUCGUUUGGACCCGGUCAAGUCCAAGCGCCCGGAUUUGCCCAUCACCAGCGGUCAAGGCGGCCGAGUGGCCAGCUCCGGAGGCACUCUCUCCUCCUAUGUCAUCCGCAAUCUUGGCCUAAGCAAGCGGGUGGACGACGACCAGGAUCCUAGGGAGGCCAUCUUGAAGUACGCAAAGGACGCAGCUGAGAAUCCCUACUGGAUAGCCCCGGCCUACAAGCAGACCCAGCCGAAGGCCAUCUUCUCCGAGAAACUGCCCGGCGAUGAGCCUGCCACCAAGAAGCCCAAAACAGAGGCUGACAAAUAGGAAGUCUGUCUAUUUAUAAGCGCUUAGAAAUGUAAAUAAACUCGU